AUGGAUAAAUCCGUUGGUACCACUAUUGAGAAAAUAAAGCUGCAAGAACUAAACAAUGAAGCCAAAUUAAAAGAAAAGCGAGAACUCGAAGCAACAGUAGCGUCACUUAACAGAACGCUACGAGAAACCAUUGCACUUGUAGAGAAAUCAGAACAGGAACAAUCGGAGUUAACUAAAAGAAUCGAUAAACUUCGUUGCCAGGUGGAGUUGGCAAGAAUACGUCGUGACGCUUUAUUAACACAAAUUGACGCCUAUAAAAAUGAGUUAGAAGAGUUGAAAAACAAAUCGGAUGAAGGUAUAUCAAGAGUUUGGAGUCUACGUUCCUCCAUAUGUCAUGCGGUACAAAAUGCGUCCGACAACUAUGAUAUUUGGGCUCUUCUUAUGAAACCUAUAACUGUUGAACCUUCACCUCAAAUAAAUAACCCGUCAGUUGAUGAUCAACGUCAGGCUUUAGAAUUCGAAGGUAAACUAAGGGAAGCACUCCAAAGAAAGGAAAAUGCCCUCGCAGAGCAAGAACGCUUGUUAAAUGAACCAGAAAACGGAACAGAAUUCAUACGCAUCAAGAAUGCUCUGAAAUAUUCAAUAGAGAAGAUAAUAAGUCUUCGUAGUAAUUGA